AGUCUAAACUCCAAACUAAUUAAUUAAUUAAUUAAGCAAUUUGGAGAUCUUGUCCUAUAAAUGAAAUCCAAGGAUGGGAUUGGAGAAGAAGUAGAGAGUGGCAAGAUGAGCGACUGGGUGAAGCUCAUUGGCGCAGUUGGUGUCCCUGCUAGCCAUAGGGUAGAACUUGCCUUGAAACUGAAAGGUAUUCCAUAUGAAUUCAUUGCUGAGGAUCUGUCCAACAAAAGUCCUCUGCUUCUGGAAUACAAUCCUGUUCACCAGAAAGUUCCCAUCCUCCUACACAACGGAAAACCGAGGGCAGAAUCGCUUGUAGUUAUCGAGUACAUAGAUGAAACAUGGAAGACCAAUCCAAUCUUACCCCAUGAUCCUUAUCACAGAGCCAUGGCUCGUUUCUGGGCUAAGUUUAUUGACGAAAAGUGCGUGGGUGGGUUGUGGAAUACUUGCUGGAGCGCAGAGGCGGAGCGAGAGAAGGCGGUUGAAGAAGGAUUGGAGUGUCUUAAAAUGCUUGAAGACACCCUAGAAGGUAAGAGAUUCUUUGGAGGGGAGACAAUAGGAAUGGUUGAUAUUGUUCCCAGUUAUGUUGCCUUUUGGCUUGGAGUCAUUGAAGAGGUCAGUGAGGUGAAGCUGCUGACGGAAGAGAAAGUCCCCGGGUUGUUCAGAUGGACUGAAGAAUUCCUCAGUUGCGUAACUAUCCAGGAAGGCCUGCCUGCCAGAGAGAAAAUCAUCGGCUAUUUAAGGGCUCGAUUUAGAAGUGAAUAAUUAGUCCCCAUGUGGGGUUUUUCUUGCUCUGUGUUCCUGGUUUUAAAUAAAACAGAGCGACUCUGUUUUUUCUUUUCUUGCUGAAAAGCAGAGCAACCCUGUUUCUGAUUUAAAUAAAAACAGAGUCCACCU